AUGUCUGCUGUAACAGGUGAAACAUCACUUAAUCUAGAAAAAGAUGUUGAACGAGCGAUUGAUCUUCUUGAUCAUCUUCGUACGACCAGUGAAAUACCAGAAACAAAAUUACUUGAAUUACAACGAAUAUUACGAAGUGACUUUUUUCACGCUGUUAGAGAAGUUUAUGAAAAAAUUUACGAAACUGUUUCAAUAACCGGUUCAACAGAAAUUCGAGCGAAUGCUGCUGCUAAAGCAACUGUUGCUGCAUUUGCAGCUAGCGAAGGACAUUCACAUCCGCGUGUUAUUGAAUUACCUAAAACUGCCGAAGGUCUUGGAUUUAAUGUAAUGGGCGGACGUGAACAAAACUCACCGAUUUAUAUAUCACGUAUCAUUCCAAAUGGUGUUGCUUGGAAACAUGGUGGAUUGAAAAAAGGUGAUCAAUUAUUGUCCGUUGAUGGUGUAUCUGUUGAAAAUGAAUAUCAUGAAAAGGCAGUUGAAUUGUUAAAACAAGCACAAAUUAGUGUAAAACUAGUUGUACGAUAUUCACCACAAGUGUUAAUCGAAAUGGAAAAUCGUUUUGAAAAACAACGUACAGCACGACGACAACCAUCAACAUCAACAACACCAAUAAAUAAAUGA